AUGGCGACUCAAACCUUAGCAACAAAAUCUGGGGAGAAGACUUUGACUAUGCUUGGAUGCGGAAACCUGGGUCUCGCGGUUCUUACGGGCAUUCUAGCUUCGAUCUCAGAACCUUCAGAGCCAGGGGAAAAGACGUCCUUCGAAACACCCACUAAAUUUAUCGCCUGCAUCAGAUCAGAGCGAACUGCAGCGCGAAUACGGAGCGCUGUAGAGCCGUACCCCAAGUUUCCAGUCAAGAUAUUGCAGAAUGACAACUUGACAGGGGUCAAAGAGGCGGAUAUUGUCAUUCUAGGCUGUAAGCCAUAUAUGCUGAACGACGUAUUGAAUGUUCCCGGUAUGCGUGAAGCAUUGAAAGGCAAAUUAUUGAUCAGUGUCCUGGCCGGUGUCCAUGCCAAGCAAAUUGAAGAUACACUGUACCUCGAAGGGUCUGCCUCUGCUUCAGAAAGAUGUACUAUUGUGCGAGCUAUGCCCAACACUGCCGCUAUGAUCAGGCAGUCCAUGACCACUAUUAGCAUCACUACCCCGCCCCUGCCAAAGGAAUGGGACGAUCUUGUUUCAUGGAUCUUCACUCGCAUCGGCAAGAUUGUGCACCUUCCACCAUCUCAAAUGGAUGUAUGCACUGCUUUGGCUGGCUCUGGACCGGCUUUCGCUGCCUUGAUGAUUGAAGGGUUGGCAGAUGGCGCUGUGGCUAUGGGUCUGCCGCGUGCUGAAGCCCAGCUUAUGGCUUGCCAGGUGUUGAAAGGAACUGUCGGCAUGAUUGAAAGUGGAGAGCACCCAUCAAUUGUUAAGGAGAAAAUCUCUUCACCUGGUGGAUGCACAAUUGGUGGCCUACUUGUCCUGGAAGACGCUGCUGUUCGGGGCACGAUCGCCCGUGCUGUUCGUGAGGCAACAUGCGUCGCUAGCGAGCUUGGAAAGGGUACCCAACUAGUCAAUGGCACUAGACGUUAA